UAUCCAAAGUCACGGCAACCGAGUCUUUGCAGAUAUCCGAGCGUGCAUUGUCAGUAGCCCGUCGAACGUCGAGCCCGCGCCAUGUCCGACCAAAAACAAUACACGCGCGCCGAAGUAGAGGCCCAAAACAAGCCCGAAGCCACUCUCUUCGUGAUCCACAACAAAGUGUACAACGUUACUCCGUUCUUAGACGAGCAUCCAGGCGGUCAUGAGGUCCUAGUAGGCGUUGGGGGCACAGACGCCUCUGAGGACUUCGACGAUAUCGGUCAUAGUAUCGACGCUAGAGAGAUUAUGAAGAAAUAUCUCGUUGGUGAAAUCGUGGAGUCUGAAAGAGUCGAGAAGGCGAAGAGAAACGUCAAAUGGGAUGAUGUUAAGCAUGAUGGAGGAUCAGGAUUGUUCAGUACUUGGCGUCUCCCGUUGGUAGCUGCGCUGGUUUCUUCGCUUCUGUACCUAUACUUCUCGUAACUGGACUGCUUAGUAUAAGGAUUGUUAAGGUUUUGUACACUAUUUUAUUAAAGGUAAUGUUAUAA